UAUUGUGUAGCAAGUGAAUGUUAAAGUCGAAAAGUUCAGCUGGAUACAGUAUACGAGUAGCAUUGUAAGAAUAAGUUUAAAAAAAGCAGUGCAAAAGUAGAUAAUUGGUGUGCGCGUCAAAGAGUCCCUUUUUUGUGGUAUAGGAGGGCCAUCUGUACGCGCAGAGCUGUUGACUCACACACAGCCGCAAACUUCCAUACAGCGGUGUGCCUCUCGGUCCAGCCCCGCGCCUUCCCAUCGCAGAGCAGCUGUUCAAGCCGGCAGUCGAGCGGCCGCCGCUGAAAGAUGAAUACUUGCUCGGGACUUCGCGGCUCUUCUCGCCUGCUGCUGACGCUUAUUCUGCUUACUUUGCUCGGCUUGGCUCGCGAAGCCGCCUGCUUCGAACUGGUUCUUCUGCACACCAACGAUGUUCAUGCGAGAGUGGAGGAGACUAGCAAGGACUCGGGGAAAUGCACCUCUAACGGCUGUUACGGCGGUGUGGCCAGGAGGCUAACGAUGAUCAAUGACAUUCGUGCCACAGAACGUAACGUGCUGCUGCUGGAUGCAGGGGACCAGUUCCAGGGGACAGUUUGGUUCAACGUGUACAAAGGAGCCGAAGCGGCGCAUUUUAUGAACUGGAUGCGAUACGAUGCAAUGGCAAUUGGAAAUCAUGAGUUUGACAAUGGAAUAGAAGGCCUGGUUAGCCCUUUUCUUCAGCAAGUGAAGUUUCCAGUGCUCAGUGCUAAUAUUAUAGCAAAUGAAACGAUAGCAUCAAACAUCAGUGGAUACUACCUUCCCUACAAAAUACUUACUGUUAGCAAUGAAAAAGUAGGAAUUGUGGGGUACACAACAAAGGAAACCCCAACAUUGUCCCAGUCAGGACCAAAUUUAAUUUUUGAAGAUGAGAUUGAAGCCAUACAGAAACAAGUGAAUAAAUUACAGACUUUGGGAGUGAAUAAAAUCAUUGCCUUGGGACACUCAGGAUUUGAGACGGAUAAGCUAAUUGCUCAAAAAGUGAAGGAUGUAGAUGUUGUCAUUGGAGGACAUACAAACACAUUUCUUUACACAGGUCUUCCUCCUUCCAAUGAUGUCCCUGUGGGAUCAUAUCCCUACAUGAUCACUUCAGAUGAUGGCCGGAAAGUUCCUGUUGUGCAGGCCUAUGCCUUUGGAAAGUACCUUGGAUUUCUUCGAGUAAAUUUUGAUGAUCAGGGCAAUGUAAGACAAGCUACUGGAAAUCCAAUUCUUCUAAACAGCAGCAUACCCGAAGAUAAAGAUUUACGUGAUGAAGUUGACAAAUGGAAAGAGAAGCUUAAAGAAUUUUCUUCUCAUGUUAUUGGAAGGACACUUGUCUACUUAAAUGGGUCUCAUCUUGAGUGUCGUUUUAGGGAAUGUAAUUUUGGAAACCUGAUCUGUGAUGCCAUGAUUUAUAAUAAUAUAAAAUACCCAGAUGAGAAAUAUUGGAACCAUGUCGGGGUUUGUAUUCUUAAUGGUGGAGCCAUUCGUGCACCGAUUGAUGAAAGAGCAGCAAAUGGUCAGAUUACAUUGGAGGACCUCUUUUCCGUAAUGCCUUUUGGAGGUACUUUUGAUUUGGUAGAAUUAAAGGGAUCGACACUAAAAGCUGCUUUUGAGCAUUCAGUAAAGAGGCACGGAGAAGCUACUGGAGAAUUUCUACAAGUAUCUGGCAUACGUGUUGUGUUUGACCUCAGCAAAACACCUGGACAGAGAGUCUCCAGCCUUGAAAUUCUGUGUACGCAAUGUCGCGUUCCGCAUUAUGAACCACUGGACCUUAACAAAGUUUACAGGGUUGCUCUGCCGUCUUACAUUGCAUCUGGUGGAGAUGGCUAUCAGAUGAUCAAACAAGAAAAACUCAAGCAUGACAGCGGGGAUCUUGACAUAGCUGUUGUUGGCAACUACAUUACUGAAAUGAAGAAGGUCUACCCAGCAGUGGAAGGUCGCAUUCAAUUUUCAGGAGCUGUCCAUUUAUUUUGUGAUGGAUUUUCAAAGUUACGCCUGCUUUUAAUGGCACUGGUCUUGUAUUUCUUGUUAUAGGUGAAGUGUGCCACUAUGCAAAACUCCGAAAGUGAAAAAUUCUCACAAUGUUUCAAAGAUUUAAUUCUAGGAUGAUUUCAAACAUCUAAUUAAGUAGAGUAUCUUUUAAUUAAGCCCAGUCUUUAUUCAAACUACCUCAAUAUUUGCUGAUACAGCAUUAACAAUGUAUAUUUGUAUCCCGCCACUUAACGUAUGUUUAACAAUAUACCCGGUAAGGCGUGUGGACUGGCAGACAUGAGAAGUUCGCUCCCACCUCAAAAUACUAAGGAAACACACAGCUGGAAAUGUGCAUUUGUAGAAGCUUACAAAUCCAUAAGCUCCACCCCAAAAGUCAUUGUCCAUGUCUUUCUGAAGAUUGUUUAAUCUCUAUCGUGCUGGCACCUUGCAGUGGUCUUGAGAUCUGACAUAAUAACCCCACAAUGUGCUCUCCUGUCAUUCUCUGCCAUUUGCUUGGUCUACUUGGAGACAAGUGUCAGCUUUCUGUUAGUGCCAGUAAGUUCUGACAAAUUGCAAUUUAAUAAAAAAAAAAAAGUAAAGUAAGCUCUCUCAGUCCAGUAAAUGAAACAGCCUAGAAAAUGUGGAGCUAAUGACGGCAUCUACUCCAAAUGAACAACACAUCCAUAUUAGAAGUGAUGUUACUAGGGGACUGACAGUUACAAAGAUUACCACGUGAACAAUUCUGCUUUAUCGUUGAUAUUCCUGUUCAUGUCUAAAUCUGUGAGGUCAAUCUGUAAGAUAUAGUUUUUACGUCUUUAACUACAGCAGGGAUGUCGAACUCCGGGCCUGGAGGGCCGCAGUGGCUGCAGGUUUUCAUUCUGACUCUUUUCCUAAUCAGUGACCAGUUUUCACUGCUAAUUAACUCCUUUUCCCUUCAUUUUAAUCGCCCUGUUUUUAAAGAUUCAGUUCUCUGAAUUAAUUCGUUUCUUCAUUAAAUGGUAGCCAAACAGAAAUGAGAUGUGAAACAAGCCAACAGAUGACCAGCUAAACUGGGAUUUCAAACUCCAACCAGUUUCUUAAUGAGAAGCCAAUUCUCUGUGUUAAUUAAACUCGUUAUUUAUUUUCAUGGCUUGUUGCUGCUCUCAUUCUGCCACAGCAGACAUUUAAAAAACUGUUGAUCUUUCGUUUUUUUCUAAGAACACCGUCAAGAUGUUUUGGUGACCUGAGAGAUCAGCUUUACCGAGAACUUCACCUUUCUUUAUUUUCAAAUACUGUGUGAUGGGCGAAGGUGAACUGGUCAUGUGGCGACUUGUUUUGCAUCUCAUUAUUGUUUGGCUGCUAAUUAAAGAAAAAGAAACAACUAAGGGGGUCUGAGACAAGUUAAUUAUAAAUAAGGCAAAAGAAGUUAAUUAGCAGCAAAAACUGGUCACCAAUGAAGAAGAUGGUUAGAAUGAAAACCUGCAGCCACUGCGGCCCACCAGGACUGGAGUUUGACACCUGUGAACUACAGGGUGACAUUUAAGGACACUUCACAGUAUUAAUGCAGCGUAUCAGGUGUCAGAUAAACUGGAUCUUAUGGAGGGAGUGCUGGAGAGGAAAGAACUUCUUGUCACAAUGUCUGUGCUUUGAAGUGUAGAAAAGGAGCUCAGCUGCACGUUUGUAAAGCAGUCUGGGAAACUGAACACAACAGAGUUGGUCCACUCCAUCCUUCAUGAAAUGGUGUUUGGGUGGGCCUCAGUAGGACAAUGGCACUUUGGCACCCAGGGUGAUUGUGUUUUCUUCGUUUGAAGUCACCAACGUGCCAAAAAUUACAUUGCGUUUAAACCUUUUGAGUUUAAGUGCUUGCUGGUAAACAGAAGUCUGUCGUAUCCUCUUUAGCCAUUUACUCACAUUUUAGAUCAGGAAAUCAAACAUGAAUCACCAGAUUGCUGCCCAGCAUUUUCACCGCAUCACAAUGUGAGGUCUGCCACUGGUCCUUCAUUACUUCUGGUGGUAACUUCAAAAUUUUAACAGAUGGCUUCUUAAUUGGAGACAUAAUUACAGUCACUAAUGAAAUCACACAAAGGGACGGAGAGAGUUUCAAGUAAGAUAGUAAGUAGUCAACCAAGCACUUCAUCAUUACCCGGAGUAUUUAAUGAAGUUCAGCAUUAGUUAACUUAGUAGCCUUAAUGAAGAACAUAAAAGCAGAUCAUUGUGUUACUCAAAUCAUAUUAUUACUGUUGACUAUCUGUUUAUAUAUAACAACGUAAACCUUUUUCACAAAACUAUAACCCUUUAGAAUCACUAAGCCAGCUACAAUACAAUGAAUGUGGCGUAACAGAGGGGGGCCGCACAAACAGCUUCUAAUGUGUUGCAGUGGACAUCAGCUGAUUUCAUGCCAGUGGGUCGUGGCAUCGCCAGCUCAGAGUCAUCCUCUUCAGGGUGACGUGGCACCCGGCACUACAGCCUAAGGUUCUCAACCAAAGCCAGAUUCAGGAAGCCUUCUCUUCCAAGCAAUAUUUGAGUUCUCCAAAACAUUUUUAUUUUUAUGAUUUUAACAUUUGACAAAAGGAUGUGCAAUAAGUGCAGUUUUUGAAAUUGUAUUUGUAUAGGAGUUCCAACUGGGCAUGAAGCAUAUUGUUAUAUUUCUGAGUUUAAAUAAACACAAAUAUUUUUCAAAA